AUGACCUUUCGAAAAUCGAAAUGGUCGAACGAUAGCUCGGACUUGCUCACAAGCCAUUUCAACGCCAUGUUGGCACAUCACACGCAGGAUGUGUUGCAUCCGUAUGCAGGACUCCUCUUGACCUACGAACGUUCGUCCAUAGACGUUGGAACAACCUUGGAUGGUGACGAUGACAACGAGCGUCAUCCCGCGCUAGACUUGGUUACCGACAUUGAGAUGGCCAUCAAACCAUCGCCUCAAUCGACAACGAUGUGUCCCAUCUGCUUGGAUCCAGUGGUACCCAACCCAAGCAGUCCCGCCGCCGAUGCAGCGGGCGUAUCCACGACGAUGACGGAACCGACGAGCUACGAAUUGUCGUGCAGCCACGUGUAUUGUUAUCGUACGUCGUCUGCGACGAUGACAUGCAUAGUAAUCUGUAUGGCCUUAUGUGCAAUAUGCAGACUGCAUCAAGACGUACGUGGCCAAGAAAGUCGACGAUCGCAAAGUCGACGCUGGUACGCGAACACAUCGAGCGUCUUGGUGCUAACAGAAGACGCGAUAGAUCAAUUGACGUGCCCCAUGGUGGAAUGUCGCAGUGCUAUCAGUGUCGUCAACAUCCUUCAAACGACCACCGAAGCUACGUUCUUAAAGUACAUGCGUUUUGUGCAGCAAAACCAGUUUGAGCGCAUGCCUCAUGGACGGUGGUGUCCCAGCGCCUCGUGCGACGCCAUGGUUGACUGCAACCCGAAGAUCGCGACCUUUCAAUGCUCGUUUUGCAAAACCAAGGGCUGCUUCAAAUGCGGAAACCUUAGCCAUCCGUUUCGAACAUGCCACCAAGCCAUGGACGCGCAGUACCGUGACUGGGAAGCCCGGCAACGGCGCACGUCGAACCCUGUCAAGGCGUGUCCUAGCUGUGGCGUCCGCAUUUGGAAGCUCGACGGAUGCGCGCACAUGACGUGCUCGAAAUGUCGGCACGAAUGGUGCUGGGUGUGUCACUUUCGAUGGUCUGCCCACAACAAGCGCGUGUGUGACGUGGUUCACGCGUGGGAGUCACCAUAUUGGGGCCCAAGUUGGCCCGUUCGAUUCGUUACCAAGAUGGUGGUCGCGCCCUGUGCUUUAGCUGUGGGGGCCGUCGGGGGGUUGCUCUUUGGCUUGGGGCUAGCCCUCUAUGGCCUGGUCAUAGCCCUUCCAAAACACGUGUACAAGCAGCUCAAGUGGCAAACUCGACGCCACAGAGCAAAGCCAUCGGUUUUAAGCACAGAGUUUAUCGAGCAAUUCCAACAGGGCGUGCAUGUGUACAUCCACCAAGAAGACCAUGUCGAUGAGAAUGAUCCGAACCACAAUGAUUGGUUGCAGGGGCUAGCCAAUGGCAUCGGGCGUUGGCGAAACCGCCGCGAAGACCAGUAUGUCCAAUACGCCCAGUCAGUCAUCGCUGGUGUGGGGGGGUUUGUGUCGUACCUCAGCACCAGCGCCACGCGACGCACUUCCCUGGACGGCACCCCCAAUGCCAUCACCGUCGUCGUACUACAUGGAACCACGACAUUGCCUCACGACGACGUCUUGCGUGCGUUGGUGGCAGUGCCAUAUGUAAGGAUGGAGGAGGGGGUCUUGGACAUGCAAGGCAGAUGUUGAGUUGGUUUGUACUGUAGGUCGCCGAAGUCUUCCUGGUCAUCAAUGCUCAACCAGAGACGGUCUGGACUGCCGAAGUAGCGCAUGCCUUGACGGCGUUGCAACGCAUUCGACCCCACGCCCAUUUGCUAGCUGUUCCGAACGACCACCCUGAAUUCAACCAAGCGUAUUUGAAUGCGAUUUACACGGCGCUCGGUCACUUCUUUCUGCCUCGGCGAGCCAUGGCGGCGGGACUGACGGCACCACCUUUUGCAACUGUUUAAUACUACCUCUGUCCUGAAAUGUUCGCUACAAUCAGAUAUUUUGAAAAAUGAACGUGAUACCGGUCGAAUUAUCUAAAACGAAC